AUGUCCAUCCUCUCACGUCCCACAGUCCCGGUGACCGACAAACUCGGCCACCGCCAAGAACACCCCCCCAAGAAAUACUCCCUAGACGACCUCGUCCGCGAUGUCAAGGCUUAUCUCGGCGAUUCAAACGGCAUUGCCUCCUCGGAUGUCGACUCAAACUACCUGAUCUCGCUUGUGAAGAAGUACGAAGCGAGCGACGGCGGCUGGACACAAUUCUACCACAACGACCUGCAGAAGAACUACACGCGCAAUGCGAUCGAGAACAUCAACCACAAAGCCAAUAUUCUCCUCCUCGUAUGGAACCCGCAAAAGGGCUCGCCCAUCCACGACCACGCCAACGCCCACUGCAUCAUGAAAGUUCUAGCAGGCAACUUGACAGAAACAGUUUAUACUGCUCCAGAGACGGACGCCGGCAGUGCUGCCCCUCUGCAAAUCAAGUCCGAGACAACACACUCUCCGAAUGAUGUGACCUACAUCGCUGACGAUAUCGGGCUUCACCGGGUCUAUAACCCACACCCUACCAAGGUGGCUGUUUCGCUACACUUGUAUACUCCACCCAACGCAGCCGACUAUGGGUAUCACAUCUUCGACGAGGCCACAGGGAAGUCCAGCUAUGUGCCACAGGCGCGGGCUGUCCUACGGCCGAACGAGGCGUCAGAAUGA